GAGAUGUCACACGGAAGACAGUUUCUUGACACGCAGAUUGAGUAAAUGGAUACCCCUUCAUAUCCUGCUGCUGACACCACCACCCCACGGUCCCCACCUCCCUCUUACCAUGAUAUUAAUGCACUUGCCAUCUUUGAAGGCCUUCCAGCGAAGCCACCACCCCCUUACAGUGAGGCCACUUACAGUGAGGCCACAGCGCCUCCUAUAGACACGAAUCAACAGCAAGCAAACCGGUUUCCGAGUGGAGCACAAGCAGACCAGUUUCCGGUGCUUAAUAUGCCCAGAGUCGUAGUGGUGAACCACACAGAACAAGUGAUUGUGCGGCAGCAGAUCGUGAAGAAUGAAGCCCCUCAGGUGAUUGUGGUCCAGCCACAGCAGAUGGUUCUUGCACUGGGUGACACACAAACAGCGACUGUUUGUAAAUACUGUCAUAACAGCAUCCUGACUGUUGUUGAAUAUAAACCGGGUUGUGCUGCAUGGGCCAUGUGCAUCCUACUAACAGUGCUGGGGUUGGUUUGUGGAUUUUGCCUCAUCCCAUUCUGUGUCAGGGGCUUCCAAGACGCCCAUCAUUCCUGUCCUCAAUGCCGCAGGCACUUAGGCAUAUACAGGCGCAAAUGACUACACACAGUAUAUGUCUAUACGUGCACCUGUUUACAACCUCUUACCCACACAUUUUAUAUUAUAAUCAUUAUAUGUAAAAAAAUGUAUAUUCGACCACUAUCAAAGAUCACAAUGGCCAAAAUGUAUAGUCUUUUUGAAGAUGUGAAUACACUGUUACCCUGUCUUUAUACUCUAUAUCUUUAUUAACUUUCUACUGUAGUUGUAAUUGUAAUAUAUAUUGUAAUUUAUGUAAUAAAUAUGAACACUGGAUCUGAUUGAAUCGUUGGUCAUAAAUAUGUUGUUUAUUUGACUUAAACAAGCAAUUUUAAAGAUAUUGGUCACCCCUCAUUUAGCAGAUCUCGUAU